ACAAGAUGUCGAUGUUUUGACACGUGCUUACAAGUUACAGUGCUAAGAUUGUUCAUGUGCACUGGUUCGUGUGCAUAUCAUAAACGUGGUUUUGGUUUAUUAAUGACAAAAGGUUAACUGUGCUCUUAUUUGUAGGACUGACACUAUGGGUAAGGUGAAAAGACUCCGGCAAAAAUUCCACAAUGCUGCUGUAAAAUCAAAGGAUACUGCCACUGACAAAGUAUCAACAGAAGAGAGGGAUCAGAACGAGCCCUUUUCACCAGUAUUUCCUUCAGAGGGACUGUUUAGUGGGAUUCAGAUUCCAGAUGGUGUCUUGAAGCAGCAACUUCCAGAUGACUUUGAUACCAGGAGUGCAAUAACAACCAAAUCACUGAAGGGACUUCAGUUGAAGAAAAAGGAUAAAAAGAAGUUGAGACAUGAAAUAUGGCUGCAAAAGGUUGAUGCCAUCCAAAGUGCCAAGAAAAAGAUGAAAGAAAAGAAGAAGAGAGAACGAAAUCCCAUUGUAGGGGACAUGAUGCAACUUGAAGAGACUCUCCCAACCCUAGAACUACUGCUAAAGGGGGAUCAAGCACCCAAGGCUGAACAAAAUAAAAGGUCAUCUAUAACAUGCAAGAAAAACAAAGGAAUUCAGAAAGAAAAGACAAGGCGUAGGCAAAUGCAGGAAGACAUGAAUUUGUUCAAGCAGGUUUUACGGCACCCAGCCUACAUGGAGAAACCAGGAGACACUAUGUUAGAACAUUUACAGAAUAAACUCAAACAAGAGGAAGAUAUGGAUACAUGAUGAUGAGACAUUUCCAAUUUAAAAAGAGAUAAGAGAGAAAUAAAUUGCAGUAUAUAAUUUAUUAUUGUAUUUUUCUUUUCAAAACACCUUAACAGUUGAAGUUUAACAAUUUAAAAAUGAUAUCUUUAUAUUUUAUAUGUUUACUAUAUAAAUCCUGUCAUAUUUUAUAUAUGUUGAAAACGUUGUUGAGAGUGACACAAAAACAACACGACUGAGGUAGUGUAUGCUAGUAUUGCACUUACUAUGCAAUUAUUUAAUAUAACUUGACACCAGAGAAAUUGGGCAAUGCCUUUUGAAAUAAAACGACCAUUUUCCCAUUCUUUUCAAUGGUGAACGAAUCCGUUUCGUUAGUCGAUUUUUAGUGUGUUUUAAUAACAAUCUCUUACCAGAUUAUAACGGAGGUUGGCCAUCCGUUAAGAUCCACGUGACAAGAAAAGAUUUCAGAAUAAUUGCAAUAACUGCCGUUUUGGUGGUAAAAUGAAAUUUAUUUUAUUACUUUGUGUUGUUCACAAUGUGUUGAUUGUGGAAAUUUGUAUCUCAUGUAAAGAGUUAUCUCUUUAAGUUCUCCUUCUUGAAGGUACAUGGUGGCAUUUGAUCGGAUUCAGUGGCAAUAACAUGGCAUGAGUGCUUGUUUAAUAUCCACCUUAAAAAUUACCUAAUCCUACUUCAUGGUAAAUUUCAAAUAAAACGUACAAAAU